AGCCUUGCACGGGUUUUUUAAAGGUCAUUCUGCGUUUCCGUGCUCAAGCCUUCGCACGUCUCCGAUAAAAUAAUUUUUGAAUUUUAAAAAAUUAAAAUAAUUAGUGCUCAAUAUGGGGAAGAAAAGGAAACAUGAAAAGACGGACGAAGAAAUUAGACGAAAGAUUAAAAAACUAGAAAAUCGGCUUGCCAAAAGAGCAAAUCAAUCUACAAGCGAUUCGUCGGAAGAAAAUAUGAUAAGCGAACCAUUGGAUGUGCCAUCCCCUGGGUCUUUAUACUGCCAGUCGCCACUGAGGGACCACCAAACUGAUGAGGCACCUCGACCGUUAUCACCAUGUCCACCUUUGUCACCUCAAGAAAUCGCGCCACGUCCCGACUCGCCACGACCUGAUGAGGUUGUUGAACCGCAACCGGGAACAUCGGUGGACAAUGAUAAACAAAAUGAAGAGCUGGAGCUGGAUGAAGACGUCCUUCAAUUGUUAGGAGACGCUCCAAAAACCGACACCUCGCUCGGCCCUGCGAUCCAUAAGGAUGUAGCCAGCAGAUGGCAGGACAUCCUUUCCAAAGGACUUCCUAAGGAAAUAAAAGAUAUCCUUUACAAAGAAUAUCUAGUUCCCAAUAAUUGCGAUUUGUUGCUGGCCCCUGCUCUCAACCCGGAGGUAAAGGCUGCACUGCCUGAAGCUUUAAUUAAAAGAGACACGUCGCUCAGCUACAGGCAAAAACAACUUGGGGUUGCACUGUCGGCUCUUGCAACAGUCACCCAAAUGGUCAUAGCGAAUGAGACGUCAAAACAAAAAAUUUUAAAGCCUUUAAGUGAUGCGUGUCGUUUACUGUGUGACAGCCAUCAUGCUGAAACGAGGACACGAAGAAAAUUUGUAAUAUCCUCGAUUAACACCAAAUUAAAAGACGCCCUAAUAGAAACGAAACGAGAUGCGUUACUGUUCGGUGAUAAUAUCUCGGACAAACUUAAAGCGGCCAAGUCUAUCCAACAGUCAGGUGAAUCUUUAAAGAAUAUACAAAAACCUAAAAAUAGACCUAGUGUAUCUGUGGCGACUAAUCAAGCCAACAAGGGCCGUUUGAACUAUGUUCCUCAGCAGCGCCAGGCGGACAACAAACGCCACGACAACCGUUUCGCUCGUGUGCCCAACAUAGCGUCGCGUCCACCUCCGAGCAACAGUGCACGACGACCCCCCGACCGGACGUACCCGCCUUCGAAGACACCAGCUCCGCAGCGGAGGCAAUAAUCGACCAGGAUCAACCACAACCUACACAGAACUCUGAAGUUGGUUGCCGCGAAGCUUUCAGGCAAGCUUUACUAAGGAAAGGCUUGUCACCAAGUACGGUACAGAUAAUGUUAUCAUCGU